AUGAGGUGGGGGAUGGAUGGGUGGGGGUUGGGUGGGGAGAGGAGGGAGAGGAGGGAGAGGAGGGAGAGGAGGGAGAGGAGGGAGAGGAGGGAGAGGAGGGAGAGGAGGGAGAGGAGGGAGAGGAGGGAGAGGAGGGAGAGGAGGGAGAGGAGGGAGAGGAGGGAGAGGAGGGAGAGGAGGGAGAGGAGGGAGAGGAGGGAGAGGAGGGAGAGGAGGGAGAGGAGGGAGAGGAGGGAGGAGGGAAGAGUCAGGCGUCUAGGUUAUAACUCUAUGGGGACAGAGUAG